CUGGUAGUCGACUAGACAGCGAAACCCAAUAACCAGGCCCCACUACCUCUCUCGCUGUGCCUGUGCCUUUUCGCUCCUUUCUUCACUCUAACACUACGUCUUGCGUCUCCCUGCCUACUUGCGAUCACCAACACGUAGCUUGCCAGGGAGCUUAUACGGAGCAGCAUGGCGCUCUACGGAAGCUCGCGCAAUGUCGACAUGGGCAAGCAGGAGUCGGAGCUUUCCAUUCACAUUCGCAAAGCAACCAGCAUCGACGAGGUCUCUCCCAAGCGAAAACACGUGCGAGCAUGCAUCGUCUACACGUGGGACCACAAGAGCUCGGCCUCGUUCUGGCAAGGCAUGAAAGUGCAGCCAAUUCUUGCCGACGAGGUGCAGACGUUCAAGGCGCUCAUCACCGUCCACAAGGUCCUUCAGGAAGGCCAUCCCAUUGCUCUCAAGGAGGCGCAAUCAAACACCAGCUGGAUCGAGAGCUUGUCGCGGGGCUCGGCCGCUGGCGAGGGCAUGCGAGGAUAUGCGCCACUCAUUUCCGAGUACAUUUACUAUCUCCUGGCCAAGCUUGCCUUCCAUCGGCAACAUCCAGAAUUCAACGGAACUUUCGAAUAUGAAGAGUACAUCAGUUUGAAGUCGAUCAAUGACCCCAACGAAGGUUACGAGACCAUCUCCGACCUGAUGACCCUCCAAGAUCAAAUCGACGCCUUCCAGAAACUCAUCUUUUCCCACUUCCGAAGCGGUACGAACAAUGAAUGCAGAAUCGCUGCGCUGGUACCAUUGGUUCAGGAGAGCUAUGGUAUCUACAAGUUCAUCACCAGCAUGCUUCGCGCCAUGCACACGACUCUUGGAGAUGACGAGGCACUUUCGCCCCUGCGUGGCCGAUACGAUGCACAGCACUACCGUCUUGUCAAGUUCUACUACGAAUGCUCGAACCUCCGAUACUUGACCAGUCUUAUUACCGUACCCAAGCUACCCCAAGAACCCCCAAAUUUGUUGUCUGAAGACGAGAACGCACCCGCCUUGCCUGCACGACCUAAAAAUGAGAAGCCUGAGCCCGAGCGAGCGCCUGCGAUCGAUCCUGAGCCUAUCAACGAGUUCUGGAAGGAUAACCAGAGAAGGCAACAGGCAGAAUAUGAGGCGGAGCAGCAGAGGCUACAACGGCAAUGGGAGGAAGCCCAGCAGCAGCAACAACAGAUGCAGUUGCAAGCACAGCGUGAGUUUGAGGAGCAACAGAGGCUUCAGGCUGAGCAAGCUCGCUUGGCGCAAGAGCAGCUCAUGCGCGAGCAGUACCAGCAACAGACUCAGGGUCGCCUUGCUGAGCUUGAGCGCGAGAACCUGAAUGCACGCGCCCAGUACGAGCGCGAUCAGCUGAUGCUGCAGCAAUACGAUCAACGGAUGAAGGCUCUCGAAGGAGAGAUCAACCAGAUGAACCAGAACUUCCAGCAGCAAAUGGGUUCUCGAGAUGACCAAAUACGGGCGCUCCAGGAACAGCUCAAUACCUGGAGGUCAAAGUACGAGUCACUGGCUAAGCUUUAUUCGCAACUGCGACAUGAGCACCUUCAGCUCCUGCAAAAGUUCAAGACGGUGCAACUCAAAGCCAACUCUGCCCAAGAGGCCAUAGACGCAAGAGACAAGCUGCAGCGAGAGCUCAAGACCAAGAACCUAGAGCUGGCUGAUAUGAUCCGCGAACGCGACCGCGCGCUCAUGGACAAGGACCGCCACACUGGAGGUCAUCGUGAGGAAGUCGAAAAGCUCAAGCGUGAGCUUCGUUCUGCAUUGGACCGUGCCGACAAUGCUGAGCGUGGCAAGGGCUCCGAGCUAUCUGCAAUGCUUUCAAGGCACAACCGGGAGAUUGCAGACCUGGAGGAAGCGUUACGAAACAAGACACGCGCGCUGGAUGACAUGCAGAUGAAGUACCGCGAGGGCGACUCUGAUCUGGAACGUCAACUGCGUGAAAAGGAGGAAGAGCUCGAGAUUUUCCGUGCCGGCAUGGACCAGACCCUGCUAGAGUUGAACGAGCUGAAACUCAACUCGAGCACAAACGACAAUGUCCUGGACGGUCAUCUGGAUACUCUGAUCCAAGACAGUCUCCAAAAGAUCAACGACAUCAUCGACUCUGUCCUGCAAAGUGGUGUACAGCGGGUUGAUGAUGCACUGUAUGAAUUGGAUUCUCCUAUGCAAGCUGGAAACCAGAAUGCAACUGGUUCAUACGUGCUCUCGCAAAUUGAGAAGGCGUCAACAUGCACCAUGGAGUUCUCAACCGCGUUCAAUAACUUCAUUGCCGAUGGACCAAACGCCAAGCACGCCGAAGUCAUCAAUGCUGUCAACAACUUUGGUGGCGCUAUCGUCGAUGUGCUCGUGAACACCAAGGGAUUGACGCGCUUCGCCUCCGAUGAGAACAAGGCAGACCAGCUCAUCAACGGCGCGCGAGCCUCGGCAACUUCGACUAUUAGGUUCUUCCGCAAUGUCCAGUCGGUGCGCCUGUACGAUUUGGACGCUGAGCAGAAGAUCAACGUUGUCAUUAAUAACAGCACGGAGGUGGUGCGCAACCUGCAGAGUCUGUCCAAGCUUGCAGAUGCAUUCGCACCCAAGAGCAAGAUUACCAAUGCUACAGGUGAUCUUGGUGACUUGGUCGAUAGCGAACUGACCAAGGCUGCCAACGCCAUUGACGCAGCUACUGAGCGUCUAUCUAAGCUGAUGAAGAAACCCAGAGACUCAUACUCGACCUACGAGCUCAAGAUCCACGACUCGAUUCUCGAGGCUGCCAUUGCCGUCACAAAUGCCAUCGCGCAGCUCAUCAAGGCCGCAACGGCUUCGCAGCAAGAAAUUGUGCGCGAAGGCCGAGGCAGCAUGACCAAGACUCAGUUUUACAAGAAGCACAACCGCUGGACCGAGGGACUUAUCAGUGCCGCAAAGGCUGUCGCUACAUCCACAAACAUGCUCAUCGAAACUGCCGACGGUGUCAUCUCCGGCCGCAACUCGCCCGAGCAACUCAUUGUCGCUUCCAACGAUGUCGCUGCCUCAACCGCUCAAUUGGUGGCGGCUAGUCGUGUCAAGGCUAGCUUCAUGAGCAAGACGCAAGACAAGCUGGAGAGCGCGUCCAAGACUGUCACCGCGGCUUGCAGGUCGCUUGUUAGGCAGGUGCAGGAGAUUAUCGCCCAGAAGAACAGGGAUGAGGGCGAGGCUGUGGACUACAGCAAGCUGGGUGACCACGAGUUCAAGGUCAGGCAGAUGGAGCAGCAGGUCGAAAUCCUUCAGCUCGAGAAUGCGCUUGCUCAGGCUAGGACUAGACUGGGUGAGAUGCGUAAGCUCUCUUAUUUGGAGGAGUAAGCCAGUAUUCGUAAACUAGCACUCGCUUGGGAUGAUUGUUUCGCACGGCUAGUACUUUUGUUCUUUUAUAUAAUUAGUAGUGGAUGUCGAAGAGGGAUUCUGGUUGCAUUUCUCUCGAAUAUCUGCUUAGAGGAGAAUGGUCUGGUUGGAUGUCAAUGGCAAUGAA